AUGGCCAAGACAAGGAGUAUGACUAGAAACCACAUUCAUGAUUCUAGCAGGAAGAGGUUCAAGACCCAUGACAACGCUGACGUGGCACCUUGGUCAAUCCUUAACAAUGAUGUGCUUUUGUUAGUUAUGAUGCAACUGGGAGUUGUUGAUUUUCUUUCAUUUAGCAGAGUCUGUAAGUCAUGGAGGUCAUUUGCACUCUCUAACAGAAACAACUUUAUGUCAUCUAGACCACCAAUGUUCAUAUCUAUCUCUCAUGAUGCUAAUAACAAAAACUAUUGCACUAUGCGCGACUUAGAACAAAAAAAGUUUAAAACCAUCCUUUCCAAUUCAGCUCACGUGACUUGUUACGGAUUAACUUGUGGUUACUUGAUUAUAUUUGGAAAUGAGCGCCAUGAUUUCUGGCUUGUAAAUCCUAUCACAAGACAUGAACUUCAUUUCCCUCGUUCCCCUUUCUAUACACUUUCUCAUCCAUCAAUAGUCAAGGGUAUCCUCGUCUUUUUACCUUCAAUAUCUAGGUGGGCGUUUGUUAUAUCAUAUAGAUUCACCACUAAAAUAUCGUAUUUUAUAAAGGGUAACCGCGGAUGGAAUCAUGUCUCCUCGACUCUCCCCAUUCUUGAUUUACAUGCUUUUAAAGGGAAGAUAUAUACGAUACAUGCCGAUUGUUGUUUAUGUGAAAUGAGACUCAACCCAAAACCCAAAUUGAAAUUACUCGAAACCAAGAAUUUUCAAAAACCUGAUUUGAAACGUCCGGAGUUUGUAACUUCGGGUGAAAAGCUUUAUAUUAUGAAUCGCUCAAAUUUGUUUGGAGAUCCAAAUGCGAAUAAGGUUCUGGAACUAGAUUUUGGUGAAAUGAAAUGGGUGUCAUUAGAAAAAACAAUAGAAGAAUAUGCAUUUUUUCUUAGCAAUUUCAACUAUUCUGCUGCUAUUAAAAAAGAGUCGUCGGCUUGGGCUGAUCCACGAACACAAUCCAAGAUCCGUGAUUACUUCCUUGAUGAACGCUACCUUGACCCUGAUAAAACUCGACCAGACAUGUUUUUUUAUGCAAGGAUGUGGUACUUCUCCCAUGAUUGUUUUAGUGUUGAUCUAAUAGAUGAGUGUUGA